GUAACAGCUGAUGGUAACAGUAAAAGUUGCAUUUUGCAAAGAUUUCUUACUUUCGUUCAAAAAAUGUAUAAUUAUGGAGAUUCUAUCCUUUUUGAUGGAAUCUCUGAUAUUUAUUUGGUAAGCAUUGCCACAACAUUAUUGGCCGUUAUUAUUGCUUUUUAUUACAGCAAUUUUCUCAGGGAUGGAAAUAAUAUAGAAAGACAACAUUACAAUUUAACGGAACAAUUGGAAGAUACUGAAGAAGUGUUGCAGGAGGACUAUGUGCAAAGUGAUACCUCUAAUGAAUCGGAAAUAGAAAACCAUUACUUUUCAAGAAAAGAGCCAUUGGGAGAAAGGCACUCGGUGCAUGCAGCUUAUGAUGAAUGCAAUAGUGACGAUGACUAUGAGGACGAUCAUGAAAUUGCCUCUUCCGCAUUAACCCGCAAUUUGGAGAGUUCAGAUUUCGAUUCCGAUGAUUACGACGAAGAUAUACAUGCUGAUGGUUUAGUGGGAAAAUUGAAAUCAAAACGGGUGAAAGAAUUAGAGGCACGUCUAACAAUAGAUCAACUGGAAGAAGAAAGAAGAAUUGAAAGAGAACAGUUGGCUGCUAUAUUUGAGCUGCUGAAAAAACAAGAAGCUGAACUAAAUAUGAAGGAAAUCGAUGAGAAUGAGUUAAAUGCUCAACUUGGACUUUAUCGUUAGUUAACACCCAUCAGGGAAAUUGGAAUCUAUGAUAGACAAAAUGCGCAAACUUAAACCACCUAACAUUUUGUAGUCCUUUUUUAAAAUGUUUGUAGUAUAGUAUAUAUAUUCUAUAUAUAUAUAUAUGUGUUUAGAUAAGUGUUGAAUACAAAAUAACCUAGACUAAGAUACAAAUAUUAGAUGUUGUGCAUUUUUUUUUUAUUUAUAGCUAUAGUCCCUAAAUUACUAAUUAAGCUGCAUCAGCUGUGCAUGUUAUAAACACUUAGCUUGUUAUUUACUUACGUUGUCUAAAGAAUCGCAUUUUUUAGAUCAUAUAAAUUUGAUAACUGUGUGUAAAACCUUUUUUAUUUAGAUUUUUUUUUGGAUCUCCCUUUAUGUGAGCUUAAUAAAUGUUACAAUGU